AUGGCGCUGAUGUGGGCCGUGUUGGUAACGAUCGCUGUGGCCGUAGGCCAGACUAAUGCGGCUUGCUCCUUUCGAUUUACAGCAUUGCAGUCGGCUCAUCCACUACUUCUCGCCGACAAUGAGUACACGGACGUACGACGGUUACUCCCAGUGGACGACAACGCAAACAUCGUUCUAGCGACCGGCGCCAACAUCACUCUUGUGUGCCCCGGCACUUACAACUACUUCUUAGGUGGCAACACUCAACCACUGCAAGUCAUGAGGGCAACCUGCGACAGCGGAUACAACUUCGUCGCCAAUGGACGAACUAUUGUUCUGAACCAGGCAACAUAUGUUACAACUGCUCAGACUCAAUCGUUCACUCGGCAGCUAGACAGUGCUAGUGCGAAGAAAUACAUUACAUCGUCAAACUAUCUGGAAGCCAGGCUAAUUGUGCCCAAAGACGAUUUCGUGUAUGGUCAGCUGCAGUUGUCUGCCUAUUUCUACAUUAAUUCGGCUCCCAUGUGGCGAGCAGUGUCUUCCUCCUACUGGGGUACCAUGGAGACUGCUAUUAGGUCGUUGACGAAAACAGACGGAGACUUGUUGGUGUACACAACUCUAAUAGGAGUCGCUGAGUUGCCGAACAGCCUCGGAGAACUGAAGCCUAUGCAUUUGUAUUCAAACAAUGGUGAAAGUUACAUGCCAUUACCUGCAAUCCUGGCUAAAGCUGUCUAUAACUCUAGACAAGAGCAAAUUGGGAGAGUGUGUGCAGAGGACGUGUGCGCGCAGCUGCGCUGGCUGCCGUGGCGCAACGUGCCCGCCGAGGAGCGCCCGUCCAUCACGUGCUGCCGGGCUGACGACCCCGUCCUGCUCCGCCACCUGCCCGUCGCCUUCGCAAGAGGCCUUGCGCCCUCCACCGGUCUGCUCGUCGGCCAAGCAGAGCACUACGACUGA